GUGCUUAUAGAUUCGCUGAAAGCUUCAAUAUCCCUUUCAGAUUUCAGUGUUGGAGAGACCGUGGAGUGGGACGCACGUCGCUGCGUUGCGUUGCGGGGAAAAAACCGCUUUUUUCCACAUGUGUCAGUUCGCUUUCCGCACGGUUUUAGUUUAGCACGUUUCACGCGUUUAUAGGACAGAAAUGUGAGUUUGGAGAAGGAAAGAAGUUGCUGUAGGACCAGCAAGGAUUGUGGUGUUUUUAACGGUGGUUAUUCUAAUAAUAAACCAUUAAAUCUGCCGAUCGUUCGAUGGACGGACUGUGUUUGCAUUGUUAACAGUUCUCAUUGUAAAUUUCCGUUGAGUGUUGUGCGUUUUAAAAUGAGUUACAAAAUGUGUUCAGUGUAAAUUUAAUUGCAACUGUUUUUUUCAAUGUAGAAGCGAUCCGCAAACAGUCGGAGAUGCCCAACACCAAGGCUGCGGCGGCCAGCUUCCAGUGGGACAAGCUGUCUCCGGCAGAGUUUCAGCAGCUUCAGGAGCUCGCCUCGUAUUCUACAAGAAAGCUACAGGAUGUUCUCAACGAGUACUGCGAGGUCAAGAAACAGAGUUCGGAUGGGGACAUCGACUACGAGGGGUUCCGGUGGUUCUUGGACACGUUCCUGGAGGUGGACACGCCUGACGAACUAUGCAGACACCUGUUCCUCUCGUUCGUGCGGCGCGACCGGCCGGCGCUGCGGGAGAUGGCCGCCGCCUCCUCCGCCGCCGCCUGCGCCGCCGUCACCGCGCAUGGGGACCAGGUCAAGGGCAAGCUGAGCCUGGCGUCGAAGAUCCACGGGCUGGCGGAGCGGCUGCAGCAGCUCGGCCGCGGCGGCGACUCCGUCGACGGGGACAAGGGCUCCCGGAGCAGGACUGGCAGCGUGCACCCCAUGUUCACGGUGACGACGCACCCGUCCUACUCCUCCCACGAGCUGACCCUGGAGCGGAGGAACGAGACCAGCCCCAGCCACAGCCAGAUCUCGAGAAACAGCAGCCGGAAGUCCAGCAACUCGCUGCGGGUGAACCAGAGCACUAAGAUUGAGGACUUCAAGCACCUGAUCCGCAAGCCGUCGACCUUGGAGGUGCACACCGUGCGAGUGUCGCUGAAGGACAUCGUGUGCUACCUGUCGCUGCUGGAGGCGGGGAGACCAGAGGAUAAGCUGGAGUUCAUGUUCCGGCUGUACGACACGGACGGCAACGGCGUUCUGGACACCAACGAGAUGGACUGCAUUGUGAACCAGAUGAUGGCCGUCGCAGAGUACCUGGGAUGGGAGACCAGCGAGCUGAGACCCAUCCUGCAAGACAUGAUGGUGGAGAUAGACUACGACGCAGACGGCACGGUCUCACUGGAUGAAUGGAAGAGGGGAGGCAUGACAACCAUCCCUCUGCUGGUGCUCCUAGGCCUCGACACCAACGUGAAGGAGGACGGCGAGCACGCGUGGAGGCUGAAGCACUUCAACCGACCGGCCUACUGCAACCUGUGCCAUAACAUGCUGGUUGGGUUGGGGAAGAAGGGGCUGUGUUGUAUAUUCUGCAAGUUCACGGUGCACGAGCGGUGCGUGCAGCGCGCGGCGCACUCCUGCAUCGCCACCUACUCCAAGUCGCGGAGGGCUUCGGCCACGCUCGCGCACCACUGGGUUGAAGGAAACUGCCACGGCAAGUGCGCUCGGUGUAGGAAGAAAAUCAAGGGUUACAACGGCAUCACCGGCCUGCACUGUCGCUGGUGCCACAUCACCCUCCACCACCGCUGCGUGGGCAGCGCGGGCGGCGCGUGCACCCUCGGCCGGCACGCCAAGCACAUCCUGCCGCCCACCGCCAUCCGCCCGCUGGUGCUGGAUAGACAGCGGAGUCUGCCGCACCGGCCGAAUAAUGAGAAUCAACCACUGCCCACAUCGAUAUCCCUGCCGAUCUCCAUCGCAGCCAGCUCAGAGGAGAAGAAAGAAGAGAAGAAAGAACACAGAGCCCCUCCCAUCUCAUUCCAGAUAUCCCCAUCAGAAGACACGUGUCCAUUACUGGUCUUCAUCAACCCUAAGAGUGGGGGGAGGCAGGGAGACAAGGUGUUGAGGAAACUGCAGUAUAUAUUGAAUCCGCGCCAGGUCCAUGAUAUCGCUAAGGGAGGACCGACGCAGGGUCUGCAGAUGUUCAAGGACGUGAAGAACUACCGCGUGAUCUGCUGCGGGGGCGACGGCACCGUGGGCUGGGUGCUCGAGACCAUGGAUAAAGUGCAGAUGGAGACGCAGCCAGCAGUGGGGGUGAUCCCGCUGGGCACCGGCAACGACCUGGCGCGCUGCCUGCGGUGGGGGGGAGGGUACGAAGGAGAAUCAAUCCACAAGAUCCUGGACAAGAUAGCCCGCGCCAGCACCGUGCUGAUGGACCGCUGGCACAUAGUCGUCGAGAAUGACCCCACUUUUGCAGAUAACUGCGACCAGCCCGAGAUGCCGGAGUCGGCGCCGCACCCCACCACCGUCCCGUACAACAUCAUCAACAACUACUUCUCUAUAGGCGUUGACGCAGCAAUCUGCGUGAAGUUCCACACGGAGCGCGAACGCAACCCGGACAAGUUCAGUUCGCGCAUGAAGAACAAGCUGUGGUACUUCGAGUUCGCCACCUCAGAGCAGUUCGCUGCUAGUUGCAAGAACCUGCACGAGAAUAUUGACAUUGUUUGCGACGGCACAUCCCUGGAGCUGAGCAAGGGUCCGUCGCUGCAGGGUAUAGCCUUACUGAACAUCCCCUACGCACACGGGGGCUCCAACCUGUGGGGUGCUAGUGGGGGGCACCGCCGGUUUCCUACCGCACAGCAAGAUAUUGGUGACAAGCUAAUAGAGGUGAUAGGACUAGAGAACUGCCUCCACAUGGGACAAGUGCGGACAGGUCUCCGCGCGUCAGGGCGGCGGCUGGCGCAGUGCAGCUCGGUGGCGAUCACCACCAAGAGGACAUUCCCCAUGCAGAUCGACGGCGAGCCGUGGAUGCAGCCGCCCUCCAAGAUAACAAUAACCCACAAGAACCAGGUCCCGAUGCUGAUGGGCCCGGCGCCGGAGAAGGGCCGCGGGUUCUUCAAACUCUUCACACAUUGUUGAAGUACCGUCUUCCGUUUUAGCAAGCUUCUGUUUGUGUCUUUUUUCUACAAAUUUGUGAUUUUUAUGUUCUUAGCUACAACAGGAACAUUAAGCUAAUGUCGGCAUUAAAUCUAUGUCUUUCUCUUUCUGUCUCUACACUGUCAACGCAAGGCAGCUAUACAUUUAAUGUCGAAAUUAGCUUAAUGUUUCUUUUUGUAACUCAGUGUAAGUCUAUAGCAACAAAAACAAUCCACUUAACCCCGUUUUUUUACAAAAAUAACCGUCACCAUAAGUAACUGCCAUUUGAAUGUUUAUAUUAUGCUGACUGUGAAUAUUGCAUUAGCUGAGGUUUUUAAUAAAGUUAGGAAUUUAAGAACAAAAACUAAGUAGAGUUAAGGUAAGCGUCCACCUAUCGGGAUCGAAUAAUAAUAAAUAAAUAUAUGGGGACAUCUCACACACGGCCAACCGACCCCAAGCUAGGCAGAUCCUGUGUUAUGGGUGUUGGAC